AUGCGUGAAUCAAAGCAGCAUGUUUGCCCGAUUUGCAAUCGUUCAUUCACCCGAGCAUACAAUCUCCGCACGCAUGUUCGCACACACGAUCCGCACCGCCAAAAGAAGUUUGGAUGCGAUCUCUGUGAACGAAAAUUCGACCGCAAGCACGAUAUGGAACGACACAUGGGUUCGGUUCAUCAAGGUGUUCGACCCUUUUAUUGCGAUCGAUGCCACGCCUCUUUCACCCGCCGAGAUGCGCUGGUCCGACACAACGAACAACGUCAUGAAGAUAUUGCGUAA